AUGGCUACAACUCAUGGUACAGCAACUCACCUUGCAGCAGGUCCGAUGGCUCUCUCGGCACCGUUAGCGGGAGAUGAGGUUCAAGAAUAUCAAAAGAUCCUGAAUAUCAAGGACCAGAUAUUUUCUGGCACUCAUCCCCGACUGACCGUACCUCAGCAUCUCGUACGAAAACCGGGGCCUGGAAACGGCAAAAAUGCCCCUAUACAGGUCCAGCAACCCCAAGCCACAAACCCGAAGGUCAAGGCCGCUCUGGAUACCCCACCCGUACAAGAUAUCUCAAAAAUUUCCUACCAAAACUCGGACGCGUCGUCUGCACCGAAGCCUGCUCGCGUGGUUCCAAAGCCCACCUCAGAGAUUAAUCCGAUAUUUUUGACAAAAUCUGAUGAUCUGCUGAGAGCAGAACAACAGCUGCAAAGGCAGAGAUUGGAGAGAGCGUUACGUGAUCAGGUGGAACUGCAGAAGAAGGACUCCAGACAGAGACCUGCGGUCCAGGACACGAAGCCUGACUUUGAUGUCUCAGAGGUUUUCAAACAAGCUUUAGAGGUGGUAAAGCCGGUUUCGUUGAGCGAUCCAUCUGAGUCCAGUGGUGCUGGCGAUGAUUCCUUUGACGACAAUUCAUUUUACUCCAGUAGAGCUCCUGAUUCACCUCCUGUCCCGCAACGAAAGCCAUCCCCCGUGGCCAUUGUGCCACCUUCGGGUCCUGCCGUUCGUGCUCCAGUAGCUUACGGGGAUGAGUUGCAGCGACUUGAAGCUCUUAACCCUGGAUCUGAUCUGGAAAUGCAAGAUGCUUACCUUGUUGCUGACCAGCGUCCCUCUUUUUCCCAAAAACAGGCCAGUCAUCACAAAGCAGAGGCUUCCGCCAGCCGAAUGCACGAUUCAAAUCGGAUGGAGGUUGAGGAUGAACCCGACUAUUCACCACCGGCCCCAGCGGUGCCCCCAGCUGAUCAUCACGACUAUUACCGCGGGACAGGAGUUGCUACUGGAAGACAGCCUAGGGCAGAUCCUAGAUACGCCGAAAAAUCGCAGGACUUCCGUGAACCUCCGUCUCCCGCGAAUGUGAAGGUAGUGCGGAACCAUAUCACAUCACCGGUAGCGCCUAAGCCAUCUCGCGUUUCCCCGCUGGCCACUGCCAAGGCUCCUUCGGUUCAGCAAAUUCGAGCCGAGCGACCUGAAAAUGCAACCAUUCAGCUGUACUCAGACCCAGACUCUGCUCGUGGCAGCCCCGAUGCCCCAGUCUCUAACAUCGUGUCCCGGAAAAGGAGGAGACUGCGCGAAGGCGACGAUGGGCCUCGUCCAGCAUCGCAAAGGAGACAAAAUGUAGAGCCCGCGGAGGCAUUCAUCAAGGAAGAGCCGGUCUCGCCACCGCCAUUCGCCGACGACCCCUCCUCAGUUCGCAGCCGACACCCUCAGGGCCGCCCCGUCUACAUUGAUAUAGCAUCUCCCCAGUAUGCCCCCAUCUACGAAAGUCGUGGGCCACCAAUGCGAGAGGCAAUUUAUGAGGUUGAUCCGUACCAUGAGCUUGCGUCUGAGACAGGGCCCCAGCGCGCGGUCUCUCGGCUCAGCACCAGGCGGCCAAUUCGAGACGACGUCGAUCUUCGACGAGUUGCCAGCGUGCAGUACGCCCGUCAACCAGAUUAUCCUCGUGAGUACAUUGAGGCGCAGCCACGCCCGAUUCGAGCUGCCUCGCACGUUGUGGAACGUCCGGCCCAGGAGCGAGUGAGGUACUAUGAAGAAGGUCCCUCUUACCCCCAGCCUCGAUACGUCCCCGUGGAUGACAUGCCACCCCCAAGCUACCGGGACCCAUACUAUGAAGACGCGCCGCCUGCGCGGGUCAUGGCACCUCCCCAGCGUCGCAUCGUGGUCGAUGAGCACGGGAAUCAGUACUACGAACUCGUAGCCCCCCGGCUUCAGCCGAUGGCGCCUCCGCCGCCGCCCCGUCCAGUCUCCCAGAUGUCAAAGGAUGUCUACGAAGAGCGACUUCCGCAACAUCACAGUGCCAGUGUUCGUGCGCCUUCAGUUGUCCAAGAGCCGUACGGCGAACGACGCUAUGUACAGGAAAUGCCCCCGCCUCAGCCAGUUUACCGGCGUGUCAUGUCCGAUUAUGCUCGCCCGGCACCGGUUCAUGAGCGACAAAGCUACGCCGCUCCAUACGAAGCCUACGAGCCCUACGCACGUAGCGGCAGCGUCCAAGUAGCCGAGUAUCUCCCUCCUCGUCAUACAGUGUAUGUCGAUGAGCGUGGAGUUCCGCAAGAGAGAGUUGUUCGAACGGCAAGCGUCCGUCCCCCGCAGCCCCGUUAUGAGGAACCACCUGAGGUUCAGCGAGUGGGAAGCGUUCGGCCAAUGGCCCCGGCCCGUGAAGCCAGUGCUUUCAUCGAGGAGAGACCGAUGGGAGAAUACGUUGAAAGACCAUACUACAUCAGAGAAAGACGGUACUAUCCCGGUGAAGGGGAAGAGGCAGAUCGCAUUCCCUAUGAAGGUGCAACUGAUCCAGCCCCACGAGCCCCCCAGCGUUAUCAGUAG